AUGAACGUGAAACAAAGGUACUGGGAGUCCCUCCCUCUGCUGUUUGUCCUGACAGUGAUUCGGUCCAACCGCAGUGAGCGGUCAUUGGGCGGAGGACAACUGUGGUUGGGGGGGGGGGGGGGGGUGGCGGUCAGAGCUGCACCCAGUACACAGAGCACCAGCCCCUCACUGAUCCUCCUGCAGGUGGUGAGUCCACAGGAGUGA